GUGACGAUUUGUUAUCGGAUCCCGGAGAAAACUUGCACCAAAUUUGAAACUUCGUGAACUGAAAGCUGGAGCUGUGCUUAGAUUUGUGUGAUAUUCACUGAAUUGACUCGACCACUUCGGCAAUUAGCCCAACAAUAUCUUAAUGUCUGAGGAUGUUUUCUCAUACCAGUCCAGACUUUGGAAGAAAGUAUGCUUCCCCAUCAUCAAGAGGCUCAAUAUCUCCAAGUGGUAGAACUCCAAUGUCCUCCAUGACAUUGCCGACUACUGCAAACUCCACUGCUCUAAGCAGCACAGAGAGACGACAUUACAACCGUGCCUUGAAGGAACUCUGUAAGAUUCUUCGAUUGGAUAGUCAAAGGAUUGAUGAGACCAUUCAGCAUGGUGUUGAAGACGAUGAGUCCUCGUUGGAUAGGAAGACACUGCGACACCAGACUGGUCAUACAGAGGAAGACACUUCCUUCGGAGCUUCAGAUGACCCAAGCACUUCAUUUCAUCAAUUGUAUGAGAGUGAGGAAUACUUUAUGCCCAAGAGCCCAACGAAGAAAAGAUGGAAUAAGGAAGAAGCUUCUUCGCGGAUGGAAGAGGAGGUCAGUAAGGUUGAAGCAGUCAAGGAUGUCUACGCUGAACUUGCUACGAUCAACAGAAAGUUACAGCAAGAGAGUGCAAUUCUUCAUGAAAGGGAGUUGGACCUGAUGGAACGAGAGAGGGCGCUAGAUGAACAAGAGCAGACGAGCUUGUUAGAACGUGAUCAGUCGCUUCAUCAUGCGCAUAGGGAGGUAGGACGCAGAUUCGCAGAGUUGAAAGAGCAACACCAAAGUGAGAUGAGCAAGUGGAAUGUACAGCUACAGGAUAAGAGUAAAGAGAAUAAACGACUUAAGUCAUCUUUUGAGACACUCAAACAAGCAAAUGAUAGCCUACGCAAACAGUUGUCUGAAAUUCAGGAGCAGAACAAGAGGUUGGAGUCUCAAGCUGUGAAUGUCCAGAGCCGCUUAGCAAACCUACAGAGGAAACAAGAACUAACUGCACGACAGAGGGAGCUAGAUAGUGUCUCACUUAAGGCUAAAGCUGAAAAUAGACAACAACUGUUGGCCACCAAGGACAACACAGAUGCAAGCAAAGCAGCUGGACAGGCUAAACAUACCAGUAGUACAAAGCCUCCAGCAGUCUAUGAUGUCCUGGGUGUCUUACUGGAAUGGCUAAGUGAAGUACAUCUCCGUAAUACCAUGACAGUGGAUUGCAUUAAACAACCUCUCAUAGCGUUACCUACACCUGCACUGACAAAGGACCGUUGCACUAAGAUCCUGCCAUCCAUUGUGGAGGUUCUUCACUGCCUACCGCCUUCCAGUUCCAAAAUACAUCUACCGUGCCUUCAGUUCAUAUAUUGGUCAUUAGUGCACCUAGACCAAUCACAGCAACCUCAGCAGCGCAACCCUUUGUCUGCAACGUACCGUCGCCUUGGUGAAGAACUAUACAAACCCACUACAGUACGUUUUGCUGUUGGUACACAAGAUGUGAAGGUUCCAGAUGGUUUACAUGAGAAGCCCAAAGCAGCUAUAUUCUUCAGAAGUCCCAAUCUCCACAUCCGAUUGCUGUCAUGUCUUAUUAUUAUGAAGACUCUCUCUCAAGUUGAUGUCUUAGCCUUGGUGUUUGAUGUUUUGAGGGCAGACUUAAAGGAAGAGUCAGCCAAGGAGUUGUUUCUUGGAUACCAGGCUACCCAAGUAGUGACUCCAUUCUUAAAGAUGACUAACAAAGCAUUGGUGACUAGUGCCAUAGAUGUCUGUCUACAAAUGUCAAUGGAAUCAGUGUUAACCCAAGAGUUCCUAGAUAGCUGCAGUAAUGAUACAUGGUUCCGUGCCUGUGCCACCGUGCUUCGUACACCAAAUCUGGAUUCUAAGACAUGGGAAAAACUCAGCAUUAUAUUACAGAAACUCUCUAAGAUCAAGUCUAACAAGCGUCAUUUUGAAGUGCAGGGUAUUAUCAGUGUAGUGCAGGAGAUGUUACGUACUGGAUUCCAAGACAACACAUUCCUCUCUCUCAAUCUACGCUCAAUCUUAUUCAAUUUCAACAUUGCUAAACGAUCUCCAAUAAGUUAACUGCUUCGGAGAUACAAAUUAACAAUUAUACCAUGAAGAAAGCAGUGUAUAAAGACAAGGGAUGUGUAUUAACAUUCAGGCCUGAUACUUCGCGGAGGCAACACAGGCAAUUGCCUCCAUGCCCCGUGGUCAUAGCCUUGGUGCCCUUAA